AUGUCGCUCCUGGAGAACCACCUGGAGCAGAUUACGCUCUCUGCAAAUGCUGUUUCUGAACUAUCAUUCCCCCCGCCCAAGAUAUUCACAAAUGCUUUGCUCAACACCCCCGAUAUUACCGCCUUGAUCAGGGAUACCGAAGCGCAUGAGCGCGCCCUGUUUACCCUCGAUUCAUCUACCAAGCCCUCGCAAAGGCGCGCUACUCGUCGAGGGACUACAUACCCGGCCGACACUCAACGCGAGACUAUGAUCAGUCGAAUCAACGCUGCGAGAAACAAUCGGAAUCAAUCUGCAGUUGCCCGUGUUCUCGGCACCGACAUGAUGGAGGAAAUCAGGCGCUCAACGGGCUCCUCUACCAGACUCGCACGUGGUGAGAUCAACGUGGAAGUGCUUCUCAAAGGCGCCGAAAUCUUGUGCAAUGUCUAUCCCGUCGCUGGCGCUGCGGAAAAGAUAUCAGACCUGCGUUACCGCUACUCUGAAAUCAGCGAGUCGCUCGUUCGACUGGAAGCCCGGGUCGCCGACAAUGCUGCAGAGUUAGAACGUAUGAAUGAGGCCUAUGAUCGGGACAACGAUAUUGAGUUUUCUGAACCACAUCACCAUGAGAUCCAUGUUACCGAUGAGGAUAUUGAGCGAGAGCUUGAGGAGAUUCGAGACUUGGAGAGGAAGAAGCAGAACCUUGAAGACCGCGUUAACGGGAUGGAGCGAGAUCUGGGAGGCUUGAUGAGAUGA